AUCAGCAAGGCGGCUUUUAUCCGUUUGGCGCGCGUUGCCAUCGAAAUCAUCAUCACGGCCUUUAAAUCGGCGUUCUUGGAGAUGUUGUUAUUGUUCACUAGCAUUUACACCGGCGUCGCGACAUUUUCCGGCUUUCGCUACACAGCGUGGCCAUCUUUUCAAUACCUUUGUCUACCUACGCCACCAGCUAUUUGGUUCGGCGCUUUCUUUCUUUCUCUGUAUUAUAAUAGGAUUACUGCAUAGCACUUGGUGCUUCGACAAAACAAUCGAUCAAUGUUCUCGAA